CUUGGAUUGGCCCGCGUGGCCACACACGCAGACCAAUAUAGUCCAAGUCCAGGACGGGUUCGCACGUCGCCCGACAGAGCACUGACGGCAUUUGCGCAACUAGCAACCCUCCGAUUGAAUUGUAAACGUGCUUUCAUAUCCUUCUUCGACAGGAACUAUCAGUAUCUCCUCGCCGAAGCCACAAAAUCUCUUAGUAUGCAGACCGAAUCCGUUCACGAGCCAGGCGAUCAGAUAGACUAUGGUGUCUCCAUCGUGCCCAAGAGAGGGAGUAUCUGCGAACACACAAUCAACUUUCCCUCCGAUAACGCCGACGAUGCCAAGGACGAAACAGUCUUUGUGGUCCCUGAUUUGUCCAAAGACAAGAGGUUCAGCGGCCAGUCAUACACAACAGACCAUGGAUGGAGGUUCUACGCUGGAGUUCCUAUUGUCUCACCCAAUGGCUACAAAAUUGGCGCCUACUGCGUAAUAGAUGAAAAGCCUCGAGACGGCCUCUCGCCCGAAGAAAUAGCAUUUAUGAAGGACAUGGCCACAACAGUCAUGAUACAUUUUGACAUGCUCCGUUCGCAGUCAGAAAGCAUCAAGGGAGAGAGAAUGGUACAUGGUCUUGGAUGCUUCGUUGAAGGCAAAGACACUUUGGGUGAUUGGAAAGCCCUGGGCGCUGAUCUGGAGGCUCCUGAUCUCCAACAGGAAACACCAUUUCGCUGGGCUCAACGCCAAUAUUCGAGACAUCACGACCAACGCCCCGAUAUCCAGCUGAAUGGUGAGAGUGACUUCCCGGAUCUCACCGAUGUCGGUGUUUCUCUAGACGUCGACAAGUCGCCUUCGCGGCGAGGCUCACACACUUCUAAUGCAUCAGCGCGACCGUCGUACUCAAUGGAAGAUCCCAAGUCGAAGAAGACGUCUCCUACCGACCACCUCGCACCUGCAGUCAAGGCAACAUUUGGUCGGGCUGCAAACAUCAUCCGGGAGUCCUUGCAAAUCGAUGCCGUUGUCAUCUUCGAUGCUACCGCGAAGACCACUUUUGGAGGUCUUGUCGACCGCGCCGCCGAUGAGCGACCAAAGCGGCGAAAACUAUCCUCAGCCUCCGAGAGCGACUCAAUUAACGAGUCUAGUGCAGAACCAUCCAACUCAAAUAUCGGUGAGAACUUGGAAAGGGAAGACAGUGCGAAGCCUUCUGAAAUUCUUGGCAUAUCAACACCUACCAUGAACAGCGCGCAUGGAGAUCAGUCAGCAAAACUCACUGAUGGUAUGACUGAAGAAUUCGUACGAUCGCUGUUGCGUCGCUAUCCACAUGGUAAAGUUCUCAACUUUGAUCAGGAUGAAGAUCCGCGACUUGAGCAGGAUGCAGCACAAUCAGAGAUCAUUGAUAGUACAGUCUCGACAAGAGGCACUGUCAAGAAACGCAAGCGUUUGAGGACUAACGAGGCCAAAACCAUAAAACAGCUAUUCCCUGGAGUUCGCAGUUUUGCCGUUUGCCCAAUGUGGGAUUCUGAUCAGAGAUUCUUCAGCGCUUGUAUAGCCUGGACCCUGGAUCCUCACAGAAUCCUUACCACACAUUCCGAGCUUAGUUAUCUCGCAGCAUUCAGCGAUUGCACCAUGAGCGAAGUGGCAAGAAUCAAUGCUAAAAUCGCCGAUAAAGCAAAAUCUGAUUUCAUCUCGUCUAUCUCACACGAAUUGCGCAGUCCACUCCAUGUAUUCCCAUCCANNGGUAUACUCGGUAGUGUCGAGUGCCUCGAAGACUCGACACUUGAUCCGUUCCAAGAAAAUCUUGUGCACACUCUGGCCACCUGCGGCCAUACUCUACUCGACACAAUCGAUCACUUGCUCGACUUUGCCAAAAUAAACAACUUCACCAGGAAGAGCACACAAACCCGCACAAGCACUUCGAAUCCAGAUGAACAGAAACAGAACUUCGCACUGGACGUUGAUGUUGAUCUGAGUGUGGUCACUGAAGAGGUACUGGAAACUGUCUUUGCUGGCCACGACUUUAUCAGAGCUGGUCGUGAGACUGAGCAGAUGCCUAGAGCGAACAAACAAGUUGAAGGUGGCGCGAAAGCCUCUGAUGGCGAUCGGAACGUCUCGGUCGUUGUCGACAUUUCAAAAGCUCAGGAUUCACAUUGGAUCUUCAGAACUCAGGCCGGAGCAUGGCGUCGAAUCUUGAGCAACCUCUUCAACAACAGCCUUAAGUAUACGAGUAACGGGUUCAUACAAGUAAAGCUCGACAGUGAGCCAUUGCCUUCAAAGGAACAUGGAGGGUUUUCUAAGGUCACGCUCUCCGUCACAGAUUCUGGCAAAGGCAUGUCAAAAGAGUAUCUCGAGAAAAGCCUCUUUACUCCAUUUGCUCAAGAAGACCCGAUGCAACCAGGCACAGGAUUGGGCUUGGCGAUCAUCUCGGCCAUCAUCAAAUCCAUGGGAGGUGAGAUCGAGGUGGAAAGUGAGCAGGGCAAAGGAACCAAAACUACCGUGACUUUGGAGAUGAUGCAUACUCCAGUACGAUCAGAGGAUGUGGACCGAAGUGUUAUCACAAGCGCUGCGAAGAAGACCCAAGGGCUGAGGAUCGGAUUCAUUGGAUUUGAUGCGGACUCGUACGAGAAGGAGCCGCAGCCCGAGACGCGAUCGCCAGAGAACGCGGACCAUAGAUUCAUGGCCUCCUUCCACCGAAUGUGUCAGAACUGGUUCGGAAUGGAUAUGCAGAUCACUCAAGGGCUGGAUCAGUCUGGUGUCGACGUAUUCCUUACCACUGAGAAGGGUCUUGAGCAAGUUCAAGGCCAGUUGGAUAAGCGUAUGGACAGCAAGUCCGACAAAGAUGCCCAAAACCAAGAGGCCGAUAUACCAUUGCUGGUCAUCUGCAACAGCGUCUCUGCCGCCAAUGCCAUGAUGCACAACCCAAAGCCACAUAUCACUGGAGUCUUGUCCCAGCCGUGCGGACCACGGAAACUGGCAAAAUCACUUACACUCUGCUUGGAGGCUAACAAGAUUGCCAAGACAAACAAACCCAUGCCAUCUGUUCGCAAGGUGUUGGACGAUAGCUUGGGAGAUGGUCAACAUCUGCGUGACAGCUCGUUCCAAAAAGUCCUGGACUCGGAGAACCACGCCAUGGCCGAGGAAGCGAAAGAUAAGGGGCACUAUGGGGAUGCGCCGCUGAAACACCCGCAAAAAGACACGAUGGAGAUAUCACAAGGCAAGUCCAGGAUGCCUAAACUAGACACGUCACCAUUGGGCAACGCUAGCACUCCCUCUUCACCAGCACCCAUAGGCGGGUCUAUGAGUCCUUUCUCCAGAACAAAUUCAGAUUCGCAUAAGCCUGUCCGUAAAGUGCUUCUGGUAGACGACAACAGAGUAAACUUGCAGUUGCUCGUCACCUACAUCAAGAGAAGCGGCCAUGCAUUCAUGACAGCAAGUAACGGACUAGAAGCCCUAGAAGCCUACAAAUCCCAAUGCGAAAAAGCCAACGAUGGCGAUGCAGCAAUAGAUUCGCCAUUCGACUAUGUUCUCAUGGAUCUAUCAAUGCCCGUCAUGGAUGGCUUAACCUCAACACGCAAGAUUCGCGCCCACGAGCGAGCCAACAACAUCAAACCUACUACAGUCAUUGCACUCACCGGAUUGGCAAGUGCACAGGCACAGCAAGAAGCUUACAGUAGCGGCAUCGACACUUUCAUGACCAAACCGGUCAAGUUAAAGGAGUUGGGCAAGAUGUUGGAUGCUGGGAGCCUGAGCAAUCUGGGGAUUGAGAAGAACGAGCAGAAGAAUAAUCAGAAGGAGAAGACGACCGACGAGUUGGAGCAAAGUGACGAUAGGAAGGACCAGAGCAACGACACGAAGGGAAAGAACGAUGACAAGGGAAAGAACUAUGAGAAGGGAAGGAACGAUGACGAAGAAGGGAACGGCGACAAGGGAAAGAGCAACGAUAAAGGAAAGAGCGAUGACAAGAAGGGAAACAGCAACAACAAGAAAAACUGA